UGAUAUAAGUGAGCGGCGCAGAGCGCUACUGGCAGUUCGUGGCCUUGCUUGGUCUGUUGGUCCCUGCAGCGGCAGCCAUGGCGAGCUCCAAGAAAGCCUCCCUCUUCAUCUCCCUCCUCCUCCUCUUGCUGCUUGUGUCAGCUGUCCAUGGAGAUGGAGCUAAGCCUGCGGCAGAUGCCAGGGACACAGCAGCGGCAGGUGACGGCGGCCAGCGGGUGACGGUGAGGACGGGGCACGGGCACGGCUACAGCAGCCACAGCGGCGGCCACACGGGUGGCGCCUCGGCGGAGAAGGGCGGCGCGGGGGUGGUCGACCCCCGCAACCCCAACGCCAGGAGCCACCGCAGCGGCGCGGCGGCGGCGAGCAGGGCCGCCCUCGGGUACUCAUGUGCGGUGGUUUGGGGGCUCGUCGGAGCGAUCCUUGCCGUGGUGGCUCUUCCAUGAAAACGUUGGAAAUGUAUGUUGCCUGUUUCUUCGCUGGUCUGUUUUGCUUGCCUGCAUCUCGAGGCUGGAGGGAGGUACAGAAUGUGCGUGUGCAUCGAAAUUGUGUUUGUCCCACUAGAGUGUUCGUCCUUUUUUGGCUUUUCAUGUAAAAAAGCUUGAUGAGGGGCUUGUUUUGUGAUAUGGUAUGGUAAAUUUUGGGUUGCCAUUGCCAUGUCAUUGUAAGAUUUUGUGGCCAUGGUGUAUCUAGCCCCUUCUACUUUCAAAAACAAGACUAUUAUUUCCCACCACACUUUUACGGAAAAAGCAGGCUUGUGAAGUUGUGA